GCUGAGGGACUACAUUUCCCAGGACCUCUGUCGAAUGACUUGCUGCUGGCUGUCAACUGAUUUGAAAACAACAGCGUCACAAAAUAUUAUAACAUUAAUGACUUCUUUCGAAGAACUACAUCAUUGCCAAUAAGUCGUUUACGUGGUUCACAAACUCAAGCCGUCUUUUCCGUCAGAGUGUGGAAUGCCGAUGGCGCCGCGCUGAAAAGAAAUGAAAAGGGAAGUGAAACUAAACGCAGCUGGUUUGAGCGACGAUAAAACAGAAAGCAAACUUUAAAGUUGCUUAACGAGUGAAGGUAACGCUAACGUUUUCUCAAAUGCUCGAGAAACACCCUGCCACAUCUCCUGGCCUCAGCAACAUGACGUCACCAAACAACCUGUACUUUAUCAUAACAAGAAAACCUCAGCACCCAGGACACAUCAGUGCUGGCUGCAUCUGUUACAUCAGUGAACACAGGCACCAGUUAGAACUCAAAAUAUCUCAUUCUCCCACAAAGUUGCCCGUCAUCGUCCUGGGCUCACGUUCACUGUUAGAUUAUAAACUAGAGGCGAGUAGCAUGGAAGAGCUGAGCGCAGAGGAAGCCGAGCUGCUGCAGGCCCUGCCUGAUGACGCAGAGCGGCUGAAGUGGUUCAGAAGGAGAGAUGCUCUUCAAACAGCACUAGGACUCACUGAGGGGACCGCAGUGACUGUGGAGGAAGGAGGAGAGAAGCUUAGAGGCAUCAUUCGCUACAUUGGAAGAAUGACAGAGCCUUCAUAUACCUGUCCCUUAUCAGGAACGUUCUUUGGCAUUGAACUGCAGGGAGCAGACAAGGGGAAGGGGAAUACUGAUGGGUCCUACCAGCAUAAAACCCUCUUCUCCUGUGUGAAAGAUUGUGGCAUUUUUGCCCCAUUCUCCAGAGUCAGGCCUGCGGAUCCCAGCUCCUUGUCACCCUCCGUCCCCAAGCCCUCCCCACAACCAGAAACAGAGAAGCUAAUCCCAGGGGAUAGAGUCACUUACUUCAUCAGUGAUAAAUGUCGCCAUGGAAUGGUGGUGGAUGUGCAGGAAAAGGGUGGACAACAAAUUGUUCGGAUCUCCACGCCAUCAAACACCAUGCUGUCACAGUUUGACACAGAUGAGAAUGGAAAGAGAGGGGGCGAAGUUGAAGUUCCACUACACUCGGUUGCUAGGGGGGAGGUGCCUGCAGAGCCAGAGAGCAUGGACGUUGAUACACCCCUGGUGGAUCCAAACACUGAUGAUCUGCGGUUGGAUCUGAGUGUGAACUCUGUGGUAGAGGUGACCUUGGGUGCAGGCAAUUUAUAUGGAAUCAUCCGCUGGAUCGGCUUUCUGCCUGACCGGCAGGAACUCAUGGCUGGACUAGAGCUGGAGGAGGACAAAGGAGUAAGUGAUGGUACCUUCAAAAAUGAGCGUUUCUUCCAAUGUCCCCCCAAGAGAGCUCUGUUUCUGAAGCUUAGCUCCUGCCGUCCUGACUCACGAUUUCAGAGCACAUCAGUCGAUCUCAGCGAGAGGAUGCCAAAACAGGAAGACACAGAGAGAGCGAUAGAGUACAGUACAGGGAAGCUGGAGACUGUUCCUCCUAUCAGCACAGAGCAGGUUAACCAGAUUUUGAUUGGACGAAUGAGGGGGAUCCAAGGCCACUGCAACUCCUGCUACAUGGAUGCUGCCCUCUUCAGCUUGUUUUCCUGCUCCUCUGUGUUGGACUCCAUGCUGUUUAAAUCAACAGAACCUCAAGAUGCCCCAAUUCAGAAAACACUGCUCCAUGACAUUGUUAAUCCCCUCCGCAGUAAGGGCUUUGUGGAAGGGCGGCACAUCAUGAAGCUCCGGCAGCAGCUGCAGAAACACGGCUACAGUCACUCCUUCACCACAGAUGAGAAGGAUCCAGAGGAAUUCCUUACUGUCAUCAUGCACCACAUUCUUGCACUGGAGCCUCUACUCAAACUCUCUGCAGGUGGUAAAGUGCAGGAGAGUUACUGCUAUCAGAUCUUCUUGGACCAGAACCACAGCCUGGUGCUGCCUACAGUCCAGCAGCUGCUCGAACAUUCCUUCCACAAUGCAGGACUCAAGCUGGCAGAGGUGCCAUCCUGCCUCAUCCUCCAGAUGCCCCGCUUUGGAAAGAAAUUCAAGAUGUUUGACAAGAUCAUUCCCUCUCUGGAGCUGGACAUCACCGACCUCCUUUCUGAAGGUCCUCAGCAGUGCAUGCUGUGUGGAAACUUGGCCCAGGAAGAGUGCAUCAACUGUUUUAAAGAUCCCCUUUUCAGCCAGACAGGAUUCAAAAUCUUCUGCAAGACGUGCUCAUCUCAGGUGCACUCUCAUCCUCAACGCCAGUCCCAUCAACCAGUUGCUCUGGACAUCCCCAAGGGUUACUUGGGUCGUAGCAUACCUCUGACCAGAGACAAACUGGAGCUGUUCGCUGUGCUCUGCAUCGAGACCAGCCACUACGUGUCCUUCAUCAAAUACGGACCAAAAAGCCAAGACUGGAUCUUCUUUGACAGCAUGGCGGACAGACAAGGAGAGAGAGACGGCUUCAACAUCCCGGAGGUUCACGCCUGCCCUGAGGUCGGCAUGUACCUGCAAAUGUCUCCCGUGGAGCUGGCCAAUCAGGUGCCUCGAGACAUGAAAGGUGUGGCUAAGCGUCUCUUUUGUGACGCCUACAUGUACCUGUAUCAGAGCACCAGCAUGUGUCUCUAUCGCUGAGGGGACACUGAAAACCCCACAGCUGCACAAUAUGUCAGUAGAAAAAAAAUAUUGUUGCUUUUGCUCAUAACAACAUUGUUUAUGUAAUAUUGUAUGAAGAAAAAGUACAAACUGACAUCCCUUGCUCAAUGAUUUUGUUUGUUUGUUUGCACUAUAAAAACAAGAAAUUGACAAUCACUGACAUGCGCUGCCAAAGAUAAAUGACGUGUUGCACUGUAAUAUUAAGAUUUUGUAGUUUACUGUUUCCUCUUGGUGUUUGAUAAUUAUCUUUAAAAGUUAUAUUUACAAAUUUAUAUUAAGAGUGAAUGAGUUUUGCAGACAAAAUCAUUUACUAAAUAAGACCGUAAUGAUUUCAGAGUGGCCUGAAUCCAAAUGCCACUAAACAAUACUUUUGUAAAUACAAUGUUGUUAAUUUGCUUGGUACGCUCACUAUUGUAUCUUAACGUUUUCUGACUAAUGAGGGUUUAGGGUUGUGGCUGGACCAGUUACUUUAUAUAUUUGAAGUAAAAUUUGUUCAGAUUCUUUGGAAUAUUGAAUAUUUAAUUGGUAGGAAAUGAUGUGUUGCUUUUGAUACAAAAAUUCUCUUUUUCAUCUGUCAGCAUCCUAACUGAUGUGAUGUUUGGGAUAACAGUACGGUAAAUUGUUUGGAAAGUUGCACUCAAAUGGUUACAUAGGGGUCCUGUAUAAACUUGAGGCCAUUCCACUGAUACAGCAUGUUUAUUUCUACUGGUUCUGAUAUACAGUACAAUGAAUAAACACAAGUAAUAAAACAUAUCCCAAAUCCUA